AUGGGCCCCUGUACCGCCUCCUCAUGCUGCUGCCAGGCCCGUAAUCUGCCAUGGGCCCCCGUACCGACUCCUCAUGCUGCUGCCAGGCCCGUAAUCUGUCAUGGGCCCCUGUACCGCCUCCUCAUGCUGCUGCCAGGUCCAGAGUGUGUCAUGGGUCCCUGUACGGCCUCCCAUUGCUGCUGUCUCCAUCGCCACACUCUGCCAUGUGCCACUUUCAGGUCUCCUCACACUGCUGGUGGGUUCCAUUUUUUCAUAGGGUGCUGUAUGGCCUCCCAUUGCUGCUGCCUCCACUGCCACACUGUGGCUCCACACUCUGGUUUUGGCCCCGUGACUGCCCAAAUGAGUGAAGUGUGCGGUGAUUCUAAGAUCGACGGCACUCAUCUGCAUGUCAUACUGACUGACAGUAUUAUUUCUCUUCCCCAGCAGACUCCAAGGGCAUUUAAAUUAAAGGUACAGUGUUCUGCACUAAUAUAA